AUGUCCUUUGACUCGAACUCCUCGGAUCAGUCGUUCAUUUCUAUACCCAGCUCAACCGCAUCGUUCCAUUCAAUGGACAACCCAACAAGAGGCAAUUUCCGUCCCAACAUCAGGGCAGGAGCAUUAGCCUUAGAAAGAAUACAGGAAGUGUCGGCAGAUAUCGAACAGCAAAGAACGGACCGCAGACCGGUAGAGGAGCCCUUCGGAUGGGCUGAAAUGGCCGGGCCAGCGUGCAAAUUGGCACGGGAAGCCCUAAACCGAUACCGGGACCAUAAGAAGAACUCUAGACGGCACGAACACACACAAUGGGAAACCAGAAGGAACGAGGAUACGAAGCCAUCACACUGGGACGCUAAAAGGGACCAGGGUACUGGACGAGUGGAUACAUCUAAAAUACCGAUGAGGAAGUACAAAGACGACAACCCUGCGCUCAGACUUUUGGCUGAACAUCAGGAGAGGCAAAGGACGAAGAGGAUAAAGGAGUUGAAAAGAGAAGGGACCACGUCUUUUGAAUUUCCAGGUACACCGUUACCAGCAUAUGCGCCUAAGUACAAAAUACCCGAGGACAUAUAUGAGGAACUGGAAUUCAAACGGCUCAACGACAGAUUGUACACAGGAUACCACUCAGACCCCGAGGCAGCAAGGUUGAUGUGCCAACCUGGCAAGGCUUACCCCUCGCUGCCCCAAGAAGACUAUGAUUAUGUUCAGUUCGGUGGGAUCCGUAAAUGGGCCCAAGGCGCCGACGAACCCAAGAACAAAAGAAAAAUUUUUAGGAAGAGGCUGAGUCCGCCUCCUCCUACAGAUACAGAUGAUGACUCUGAUGAAAACUAUGCAAAGAUUGCGCCAAGGUCUCCAAGACCUGUUCUGAGAUUGAGAGGUGGAGCUGGAAGCAGCUCCGGAUCACCAUCCGGAACCCCGUCUACCAUAGACAGGAAGCGUAAGCAGACCGAAGGAAACGAUUUCAACGAUCAUGAACUAUUAGGAGAAAAAAGGUUGCAAAGGGCGAAAACAUCCACUAGGAUUUGUGCUACCAUGGAUGAUAAGCCCGGCAUGGACGCUACACAAAUAAGACUUUAUUUAUCUGAAUGUCGAGAAAUCGACGGGGAAUUCAACGUAGUUCUCAAUUCAGAAAAGGAGAAGAAGAAGAUCAGCGUUAAAUCUUUUAACGAUCUACAGGCAAUUAGACUCAGGUAUCAGGACCUAGUGGAUGACCUGAUUGCGGAAAAUAGUCUGCUAGCAGGCAGACUUAUGGAAGCACGAACACACAAACCAUAUGUAGGAAUCAAGCAGCAAAAGGCGACUGCCCUAGCAGCCGAGUUGGCUAGUAAGCCAAAGAAACCAGCUAUGGCUGGUGCACCGGUAGCAGGAGGCUCCAAGCCUACGAAGACAAUGACGUACGCCGAAAGGGUACGGUUCCGCGAACCGAUAACAACGGAUACGGAAGCGACAGCUACCAGCGAUCAGUUUACCGUUGUACGAAGGAAGAAAAACAGGAAGCCGAAAAAUAAGAAACAACACUUGACCUCAGGUACUGACUCUGGUACCGAGACCAGAUCUAAGGUCAAACCAGAUGUACUACAGAAGAAAGCAAAGGCCGAGAGGCUCAAGAAAAUAGAGCCGCCCAAAACGUUCACUGUCGGAGUAGGUACCUCCACCGUAGGGGACGUUAAGAAGACCUUAUGGUCGGACCUUCUUAAAAAAUUGGAUGCACCAAAUAUCGUAAGCACGCGAGUAAUGCCUAAGGGUGAUCUCCAAAUCACCCCAGCAGACAAAGCAACUUACGAUGCNGGUGAUGAUACACGACGUCGACGUUACAUUAACCGGAGAGGUAUUGGCUUCCACGCUUGCUAUACAAAACUCCGUACUUGGCCUUAGUUCGGAAGAAGCAAUUGAAGGAAUCGAACCAUCCUUUAAAAGAGGCCCGCCGAAUAAAGAGACCGUACAUUGGGUAUGCUUGGUCAAACCCGAAGUGAUGAGCAAAAUCGCAGGGAAGAAAGUUUUUCUUGGAAUGUCCUGCUGCAGGAUUACGGAGUACUUUGAUUACAAUCAGUGCUUCAAGUGCCUGCAAUACGGACAUAGGGAGAAGUUCUGUGUGUCGAUGUUCACCGCGUGUUACCACUGCGCGGAGAAAAGUCACACCGGUAAGGACUGCCCUAAUAAAGAACGACCGUCCAAAUGUAUAAACUGUAAAAAGGCGCACGAAGCAACAUCACCUCUGUGUGCUGAGCGCACGAAGGCUAUCGAGAAUGUCAUGCGAAGAACGUCAUACGGCAUUCCGCAAUGACCAGCAACCAAGCAUACCAACUUACGGAGUUAAGGAUCGUUCAGCACAAUCUGAACGGUCAACACAUCGUGGUAGAACAACUGAGGGACUACUGUAUAGACAACAGGGUUGAUAUAGCCUUAAUACAGGAGUUCCCAUCAAAGAACAAGACUAUCAAAGGACUAGACCAUGACCCCAUUAGAUGCAUUGUUGGUGGUACGGGACAAAAACCUGGUGCCGCCAUCAUUGUGUUCAAUGCGGGACUGGAGGUCACAGUUUUAAGAAAUCUGUCCAGUGAUUACUUUACGGUAAUAACCGUAAGCAUUGGAAGAGAAAUAAUCAACUUCGUUUCAUCAUACUUCAAAUUCAACAUAUCAACGGUUGAGUUUGUGAUGAAACUGGACGCGAUACUUAACGAACUCAAAGGUGAAACCGUCAUCUGUGCCGAUGUUAAUGCACACUCUCCACUAUGGAUGUGUGACGCAUCUAACAACACGGCCAGAGUCAAGGGGCGAAAAAUCGAGGAUCUCAUUGAGAGACAUCACCUAACGGUCCACAAUAACAACAGAAGAACUUAUACAUACAACCGGGUUGGCAUGGGGAAAUCAAACGUUGAUGUAACCAUGACAACGGCGCGCUUAGCAGCAAGGAUUACAAGAUGGAAAGUCACCAAAGGUAUAACGGACAGUGAUCACAGGGUCAUAACCUUCGGUCUUAGGCACUCUAAGACGGUAAGGGGUGGUCCGGACACUACCCGUUUCAAUACCGAUAAAGCCGACUGGGACGAGUUUAACGUCAACCUCGCUCGCGAGCUAGGUCAAGCAACCGACCUCAUGAGAGGGGAUGUAGACGUAAGAGCAGCGGCUUUAACGGCUGCUGUUCGGAGUGCGGUGGAAUCCAGUAUCCCUCGGAAACGGGGACUCGGAAGGCUGGCACCACCCUGGUGGAACGAUGACUUAACGAAAAGCCGCAAAGUACUGAACAACUUUUGUAACACUAAGGAUUACAAAGUCACAGAUGGGCAAGAAUACCAGCGUCUACGGAAUAAACACUUGGGACUUAUUAGACAUAGUAAGUUNUUUAACGUCAACCUCGCUCGCGAGCUAGGUCAAGCAACCGACCUCAUGAGAGGGGAUGUAGACGUGAGAGCAGCGGCUUUAACGGCUGCGAUCAGGAGUGCGGCGGAAUCCAGUAUCCCCCGCAAACGGGGACCUGGGAGGCUGCCACCACCCUGGUGGAACGAUGACUUAACGAAGAGCCGUAAAUCACUGAACAACUUUCGUAAUACCAAGGAUUACAAAGUCACAGAUAGGCAAGAAUACCAGCGUCUACGGAAUAAACACCUGGGACUUAUUAGACAUAGUAAGUUUCAGAUGUGGAAAUCCUUUGCUGAAAGCGCCAACGACAAAGUAUGGGGAAACCUAUACAAAUGGGUAAAAAAGGGCCCGAGAACGAACAAAGUUCUCACAGCACUGAAGAAAGACGACGACACAUACACGACAAGUUAUUUAGAGACGGCAGAAUACCUGCUGUCUUCUCUCAUCCCGACUGACAAGGACGCGGUACCACUCGGCAGGGAUGAAAUAGCAGUCAGCACUGAUACCACCGUAGAACUACAGGAUGUCAAGGACGCGAUAUGGAGGAUAGGGGUCAAAAAGUCCCCGGGCAUCGAUGGGAUCACCUCAUUGAUACUCAGGAGGGCCUGGCCCUUAAUCCAAACGCCUCUGAGGAAACUAUACAAGGAUUGUCUAGAAUCGGCUACCUUCCCGGACUGCUGGAAGACGGCGGUAAUUGUCGCGAUUCCCAAGGGAGGAGACAAAGAUUUGUCCCUCCCUAAAUCGUACAGACCCGUUAGUCUUCUACCGACUCUGGGGAAGGCGCUCGAGACGCUCAUCAUAGCCAGACUUCGUGCGGAAGUAUUGGUCAACCUCUCGGAAGACCAACACGGAUUCAUGACUGGCAAGUCAACAAUCAGUGCCAUCGACUCGCUUCUAAGCUGGGCAGAUGGCAGAAAAGAGAAAUUCGUUAUCGGUGUCUUCCUGGACAUAACAGGAGCAUUCGAUAAUCUAAACUGGGAAGUACUCUUUCAAGACGUCAAAGACCUUGGCGCGAGCCAACACACGCUGUCUAUUAUCAGGGAUUACCUGAGAAAUAGACACGCUGAACUAAGCAUCGGCACAGCCACCGCGAAGUGCAACCUCACCAGAGGUUGCCCUCAAGGAUCACAACUCGGCCCUAUUCUGUGGAACCUAUCUAUGGACAGGGCGCUCAAGCUACACAGGCACGAUAGAUCCAAAAUCGUAGCCUACGCCGACGACUUGGCCGUGGUCACGGCCGGAACCAACAUCAACAUUGUACGUGAUCGACUCUCACCAAUGCUGGAUAGGUUAGUGAACUGGGCCUCUGAAAGGGGACUCAGCUUCUCACCUAUGAAAACAAAUGUUAUGACUCUCAAGGGGGGACUUAAGCCCGGUUAUUCUAUUAAUUUCGGUAACUCGGCCGUCAUAUCUUGUAGUCCGAUCAGAUACCUCGGUAUCCAAUUGGAUUACAAGAGAACCUUUUGGGAUCAUAUACUAUACGUCGGACGAAAAUCGGAAGAUAUGUACACUAGGCUUAGAACCGCGUAUGCCUCGACGUGGGGAGUCAAACAAUCCACGUCAAGGAUAAUUUAUCACUCGGUAUUCAUUCCGAGGAUAACAUACGCGGCAACGAUCUGGGAAAAAGGUACCAACACAAACAAGGCAGUCAAAUACCUAGGUUCGAAACAACGACGCGCACUGCUCUCCAUUACCGGGGCAUAUAAAACCGUUUCGACGGACGCCCUGCAGGUCACUUCGUAUAACUUCGUAUAAUGUANACGCUAUAUACGAUAUAUGGCAGUCGAGAUGGGACAAUACGGACAAAGGCAGGUGGACCUACAAAUGGUUCCCUGACGUCAGAACAAGGAAAAUUAUGCCGCUUGAACUGGAUCACUUCGUAACACAAUUUCUUACCGGACACGGUGAUUUUAGGGCGAAGUUGUUUCAGUUUAAGUUGGCGGAAGAACCAACAUGCGCAUGCGGAGCGGAUCUGGAAGACGUUUCACACGUACUUUUCGACUGCCCGCGUGUAACGAACCACCGCGGAAUACUCGAAGGAAAGAUUCUGAACGAUGGCGGCACAUGGACGUGCGAACCAUCACAACUAGUAUUAACGAGGAAGAGAUAUGAUGGGCUGUGUACCUUCGCCAGGAACGCACUCAUCGAACGAACGGACCGGUGAGCGCAGUCCGCUCCACCCUCGCGCGACGCAGCGGGGGGUGGAGAGGCUGUUCUCAUUUUCAUACGGGCGCUUGACCACUUCUUAAGGAAGUGUCUCAGGAGAGCCCGUAUGCCCUGUAUGCUGGGGACUUAGAAUACACAUACGGCGAUCUCCGGGCCAGUCGUAAGAGGCGACUAUCUAACACCUGGAGGCUAGGCCGGAAAAUAGGCGUCCGGAGGGAUUGAGACCCCCUGAAACAGCUGGUGUUUCAAAAGUCUUAGCACGGCCAACCACUAGCCGACCUAUUCGGAGGUCAAAAUAGUGGUAGAGGCGAAAGCCUCGGGUGAAUCCACCAAUAUUCACCAAAAUUAUUAAUUGGUACCACGGGUGAGGGGGAGCCCAGUGCACGCCGGCGCGACUUGUCGCGCCGGAUGCAUUGCCCCUCAAUGGUUGAGGAGUCUAUCUCGACUGAAACGUGGUGGCUGUGGGACUAGCGCUAGUAU